UCAAAUCUUUGGUUUUACCAUCGCCCUGCCUGCAGUUCAAACCUCUCUUUCUGUCGUGUUUUAUACGUUUUAUUACAAAAAAUCUUUUCCCUUCUUCUUCCAAGUCUCCGCCUUUCUCAUAUUUUCUGCAUCCAAUUCCACGUUUCUUCUUUCCACUCCACUUUUGAUCCCAUACCCAAAAGGGUCGUGUUUAUUUUACCACCACAACCUUGGUUUUUGUGUCUGAUUCUAUUUCCAUGUUAGAAGAAGUGCAAAGUUUUGUUCUUUAGCUCCAAGUAAAAGUGGUUUUUCGAGAUGACUGCUUCAAUCUCUACAUCAAAGCCAUCAUUAUAGGUUUUGGGCACUCAAAACUCUUUCUCUUUCUUAUGAUGUAUCUAUUUUUUUUAUCGGUAGUUCAUAUUUUAUGGUCAAUUUGCUUGUAUAUAUCAUGUUUGAUGUAAUUUGUGAAUGAAUUUAGAGUCCUUCUGACUUGCCACUGUAUUACUGUUAUGGCUGCUAACAAGAAACCCCGCCUUAGACUUAGAGAUGUGGCCUUGUGCCGCCUGUUAUCUGUGGUGUUUGUUACUUUAUGUGGAGUUUUGCUUCUGGUCUUUCUUCUUGCAUCAAAUUCAACAUCAACAACAAUUGUGACUCAUGAUACUGACAAUGUUGAUGCAUACCAUCAUGACUUGAAGUUUGAGAAGUGGCAUGAUCUACCCCAACAGAGUGACUUGUCACUUAGAUUGGAAAAGAUAAAUGGGUUGCCUCCAAGAAACUUGGAUUUGUAUCCGACUCUUGCGAAGGAUCAUAUCAUUGUUGUUCUGUAUGUUCACAACCGGCCUCAGUAUCUUAAGGUGGUUGUUGAGAGCCUUUCUCAUGUGGUGGGGAUCGGCGAGACCUUACUAAUUGUUAGUCAUGAUGGGUACUUUGAGAAGAUGAACAAGAUCAUUGAGGGUAUCAGGUUUUGCCAAGUUAAACAGAUAUAUGCACCCUAUUCACCCCAUUUGUUUUCUGAUAGUUUUCCUGGAGUUUCGGCUGAUGACUGCAAGGAUAAGGAUGAUGCCACAGUAAAGCAUUGCAAAGGGAAUCCUGAUCAGUACGGAAACCAUCGCACACCAAAGAUUGUAUCGCUGAAGCAUCAUUGGUGGUGGAUGAUGAACACAGUGUGGGAUGGUUUGAGAGAAACGAGGGAUCAUUCUGGUCAUAUUCUUUUCAUUGAAGAAGACCACUUCAUAUUUCCCAAUGCCUAUCGCAACUUGCAGAUUCUAACUUCGUUGAAGCCUAAGAAAUGUCCUGAUUGUUAUGCUGCUAAUUUAGCACCUUCUGAUGUGAACUCUAGAGGUGAAGGGUGGGCAACUUUGAUUGCUGAGAGAAUGGGAAAUGUGGGUUACUCUUUCAAUAGAACUGUUUGGAAGAAAAUACACAAUAAGGCUAGAGAGUUUUGUUUUUUUGAUGACUAUAAUUGGGAUAUCACAAUGUGGGCAACUGUUUAUCCUUCAUUUGGUAGUCCUGUUUACUCAUUACGAGGUCCUAGGACAAGUGCUGUUCAUUUUGGGAAAUGUGGCUUGCAUCAGGGUCAGGGGGAGAAUAAGGCUUGCAUGGACAAUGGCAUGGUGAACAUUAAUGUAGAACAGCCUGACACAGUUUCUAACAUUGAAUUAGAUUGGAAUGUCCACACAUAUGAGAAUCAACCUGGUUAUAAAGCAGGGUUUAAAGGCUGGGGAGGUUGGGGGGAUCAUAGAGAUCGUCACUUAUGUCUGAGUUUUGCCAACAUGUACCAAUCUACACGCAUUGCCUCACCUAUGUAAGAGUUAGUUUUUCUUGCUGCUGCAUCUCUUCUCUCUUUUUUGUUUGUUGUUAAGAUAUCUUGUGAGAAGAUUAGGUUUUAAACACACGAAUUGAUAUUAGACAUUCAUAGAGGUGUUAGGGUUGUUGAUCACUUAGACAGACAUCAUUGAAUCUUGUGUACUGGUUGUAACAUUGAAUGGAUAAUCAUUAAUAUUGGUUGUUCCUAAUAUGAAGGAAGCCUUUGUAUUACGUGA